AUGGAACCCCCGCAUCCCUCCCGGCUGUUUCCCCCCCCCGGUUCCGGGAGCUCCCGGCGCCGUAAUUACGGUAGUUUACCGCACUUUACCAUCGCAGCCAAGAUCGGGGGGGACGCAGCGCCGCCAGUGCCCAACAACAACCCCCCACCCCCGGAUUUCGGGGGCUUCGGGGGGCAAAAACGGCAGCUGGAGGAUGGCGACCAACCUGAGAGCAAGAAACUGGCAGCGCAGGGGGAAGCGCUGCCGGCACCGAUGGGGCCCAUCCACCCCCCACCCAGGACGACGGUGACAGAGGAGUACCGGGUCCCUGACGGCAUGGUCGGCCUCAUCAUCGGACGAGGGGGGGAGCAGAUCAAUAAGAUCCAGCAGGAUUCGGGGUGCAAAGUGCAGAUCUCCCCAGACAGCGGCGGUUUGCCGGAGCGCAGCGUGUCCCUGACGGGGUCACCGGAGUCCGUGCAGAAGGCGAAGGCGCUGCUGGACGACAUCGUGUCACGGGGCAGGGGGGGACCCCCGGGACCCUUCCCUGACACCACCAACGGCCAGAACGGGACCGUCCAGGAGCUGAUGAUUCCAGCUGGAAAAGCGGGAUUGGUCAUCGGGAAGGGUGGGGAGACCAUCAAACAGCUCCAGGAACGGGCGGGGGUGAAGAUGAUCCUGAUCCAAGACGGUUCCCAAAACACCAACGUGGACAAACCCCUGCGGAUCAUCGGGGAGCCCUACAAGGUGCAGCAAGCCUGUGAGAUGGUGCUGGACAUCCUUCGGGAGAGAGACCAGGGCGGCUUCGGCGACCGCUCGGAUUACGGUGCCCGCCUGGGCGGGGGCAUCGACGUUCCAGUGCCACGACACUCGGUCGGGGUCGUCAUCGGCCGCAGCGGGGAAAUGAUCAAAAAGAUCCAGAACGACGCCGGGGUGCGGAUCCAGUUCAAGCAAGACGAUGGGACGGGGCCGGAGAAAAUCGCCCACAUCAUGGGACCCCCCGAGCGCUGCGAGCACGCGGCCAGGAUCAUCAACGACCUGCUGCAGAGCCUGCGGAGCGGCCCCCCGGGACCCCCCGGGCCGGGGCUGCCGCCGGGGGGUCGCGGCCGGGGCCGGGGUCAGGGCAGUUGGGGCCCCCCCGGGGGGGAGAUGACCUUCUCCAUCCCCACCCACAAGUGCGGGCUCGUCAUCGGCAGAGGGGGGGAGAACGUCAAGGCCAUCAACCAGCAGACGGGGGCGUUUGUGGAGAUCUCGCGGCAGCUGCCCCCCAACGGGGACCCCAACUUCAAACUGUUCGUGAUCCGCGGGACCCCCCAGCAGAUCGACCACGCCAAGCAGCUCAUCGAGGAGAAGAUUGAGGGCCCGUUGUGCCCCGUCGGUCCCGGUCCCGGCCCAGGGGGUCCCCCCGGCCCUGCCGGUCCCAUGGGUCCCUUCAACCCUGGACCCUUCAACCAGGGUCCCCCCGGAGCCCCCCCGCACCCGGGGGGGCCACCCCCCCACCAGUACCCCCCCCAGGGCUGGGGCAACACGUACCCCCAGUGGCAGCCACCAGCCCCCCACGACCCCAGCAAGGCGCCCGCCCCGGACCCCAACGCGGCUUGGGCCGCCUACUACUCGCACUACUACCAGCAGCCCCCCGGGCCCGUGCCGGCGCAGCCCCCGCCCGCCGCGCCCCCCGUGCAGGGGGAGCCCCCCCAGCCUCCCCCCACCGGCCAGGCCGACUACACCAAGGCCUGGGAGGAGUACUACAAGAAAUUAGGCCAGCAGCCGCAGCAGCCGGGGGCUCCCCCGCAGCAGGAUUACACCAAGGCCUGGGAGGAAUAUUACAAGAAACAAGCGGCACAGGUGGCCUCGGGGGGCGGUCCCGGUGCUCCCCCCGGCCCCCAGCCCGAUUACAGCGCAGCCUGGGCCGAGUAUUACCGGCAGCAAACCCCAACCCGGGGGUCCCCGAGUCCCCCCGGCCGCCCCCCCCCCGCCGUGUCCGUGUCGUUCCGGAGCAUCUGGAAAACUCCGACCACCGAAGGCUGA